UUUUCUGGGGUUACGAUCCGUAAUUGUGCCGGUCGCUUGUGAAUAGCAGGUUUGGUGUGGCUCUUGCGGGGGAGACCAACCAGCCAGAUCUUAGCUCGUUGGGCGGCUGGGGUAUGGUUGCUAACGGCAAGAUUCCCCAUGGAGAAGGGAAGACUAGUUUAGUGCGUGGGUUCCCAUGCGCAUGGAUGAGUCGAAUACUCAUAGGUACCCCCUUGAGAUCUGCUUUUCUACAAAAGAAGAGCCAUCUCGACUUCAGCAAAGAGAUCCCAGGAUACAUUCAGCCCUCUUUCCUCGUUCGCAUCACUCACCCCCUUUGUCCACCUUGUAAGAGAGGUCGCGUCACCGGCCCCCCUUCUCUUGUAUCAUAUUGUCAAUCGGCAUUAGACGCGUCAAGAUGACUCUCCUUGCGCUCAAGGAAGAUAGGCCAACGCCAAAGGCCGUUUACAACUGGCGCGUCUACACAUGCGCGGCGAUUGCCAGUUUUGCCUCGUGCAUGAUUGGCUAUGACUCUGCCUUCAUUGGCACUACCCUUGCGCUGCCGUCCUUCACCAAGGAAUUCGAUUUCGCCUCUUACACACCUGGUGCUCUCGCCUUGCUCCAGUCCAACAUCGUAUCCGUUUACCAAGCUGGUGCCUUUUUUGGAUGUCUGUUCGCUUAUGCGACUAGUUACUUCUUGGGUCGUCGCAAAUCCCUGAUCGCCUUCUCCGUCGUCUUCAUUAUUGGCGCCGCCAUCAUGCUCGCUGCUGAUGGUCAGGGGCGAGGCAUUGAUCCGAUUAUCGCAGGCAGAGUGCUGGCUGGAAUCGGCGUCGGAGGUGCCUCCAACAUGGUACCCAUUUACAUCUCAGAGCUUGCCCCUCCCGCCGUUCGCGGUCGUCUUGUCGGCAUUUACGAGCUCGGCUGGCAGAUUGGUGGUCUGGUCGGGUUUUGGAUCAACUAUGGCGUCAACACUACAAUGGCCCCGACGAGGUCGCAGUGGCUAAUUCCCUUCGCGGUUCAGCUCAUCCCCGCCGGCCUCUUGUUCUUGGGCAGCUUCUGGAUUCCCGAGUCGCCACGGUGGCUUUUUGCCAAUGGCAAGAGAGAAGAGGCAAUGAAGGUCUUGUGCUGGAUACGCAACCUCGAGCCCACCGACAGAUACAUCGUGCAAGAGGUUUCAUUCAUUGACGCUGACCUGGAAAGGUAUACCCGAGAGGUCGGCAAUGGGUUCUGGAAACCGUUUUUGUCCCUCAAGCAGCGCAAGGUCCAGUGGCGCUUUUUUCUUGGUGGCAUGCUCUUUUUCUGGCAGAAUGGGAGUGGUAUCAAUGCCAUCAACUAUUACUCCCCCACCGUAUUUCGGAGCAUCGGCAUUACUGGUACCGACACCGGCUUCUUGACAACAGGCAUCUUCGGCGUCGUUAAGAUGGUGCUCACCAUUAUCUGGCUUCUGUGGCUUGUUGAUCUUGUUGGCCGCCGCCGCAUACUCUUCAUCGGUGCGGCUGGCGGAUCGCUCUGCAUGUGGUUCAUUGGAGCCUACAUCAAGAUUGCUGAUCCUGGGUCGAACAAGGCGGAAGACGCAAAGCUGACCUCUGGCGGCAUCGCAGCCAUCUUCUUCUUCUACCUCUGGACUGCCUUCUACACCCCUUCAUGGAACGGUACACCUUGGGUCAUCAACUCAGAGAUGUUUGACCAAAACACACGGUCCCUGGGUCAGGCAUCAGCCGCGGCCAAUAACUGGUUCUGGAACUUUAUCAUUUCUCGUUUCACGCCGCAAAUGUUCAUCAAGAUGGAGUACGGCGUGUACUUCUUCUUUGCGUCGCUCAUGCUGCUAUCGAUUGUGUUCAUCUACUUCUUUUUACCCGAGACCAAAUCGAUCCCUCUCGAGGCCAUGGAUCGCUUAUUUGAAAUCAAGCCCGUUCGAAAUGCCAACAAGAAUCUCAUGGCCGAGCUCAACUUCGACAGAAAUCCAGAGCGAGAGGAGUCUUCGUCGCUGGACGACAAGGACAGGGUGACACAGACCGAGAAUGCAGUCUAAGGUCUGCAAUUUGCCUUGCUUUCAGGGUGCUUGAAUAUGACCAGGGGCGUUGCGAGCUGCGGCAGCCAGCCGCCGUGGAUACGAUGUUUUGUUUGGAAUGUGGGCGAUACCUUUGUUGUAAUUACUUGACUUUCUUGCCCGAGGUUGAAGGGGCUGAUGUGAUGACAGCUACAAAGCGGGAGUAUACAGUUGCGUUGUCUGAAGCUCACUAUUGAGUUUCUACAAGUAUCCUUUCCUUAUUACGGCACUGUGCUUUGAUUGUCUCCCGCAUAUCUUGGUCUGUCCCGUGGUCAAGGAGACUCUUACUUCACUCUUGUAGAGCCACCGAGUCUUUCUAUUUGCG